AUGUUAUAUAAAGAACCAAAAGUUUUGGCAUGUUUUCAUUCUUUUUGUAAAAAUUGUUUGGAACGUCAAAUAAAAAUUAAACAAGAAAUAUCAACAACUACAAACAAACCACAAUCAAUUAUUUGUCAAAUUUGUUGUCAAGAAACUCAAUUAAAUCCACAAUUAGGCAUUGAAGGUUUACUUUCUGAUUAUGGACUAGAAAAUGCUGUACAGUCUUUGGGGACUUCUCCUUAUAGCGAGCAAAGCGAGGACCUCGGUUUUGGCAGUUUAAAAUCAAACAAUGGCUGGCCUGCUUUGGAAGUUUUUGAAGGAAGUCAUCCUCCAAAUGAUAUUUUGUUGCCAAGCUUUGACAGUGGGGGAGGGGGUGACUCCCCUCAACAACAACAAUUGACAAAAGUAAACAAAAAUGGAAGGAUUGGAGGAAAUGUUUGUAUGUGUUUAGAGGUUUGGAAUAUUUCUAAUUUUUAGAAGUUGGGGGGUUCUCCUGUUUUUUUUAGUUUUCCCAAUUCGCGAACAUAGGGAAGGUCUACCCCAGAAAGACCCAGAAGGUCAAAUGCCCUCUGGGUUUUGAGCUUCUGGGCGACCAUCUGGGUUUUGUCCUUCCAUGGGAAAAGUGGCGAGUAGGUAGAAGG